AUGGCUACUACGCAGCGUGCCUUCCAAGCGGCGAUGCUUGAUUUCAAGGACAAGCUCAAGGGCCAUAGUUUCUACGACCAAAUUAUCCAAACGACUAGCAUCGAGCAAGUCUACCAGGACAUCGAAAAGCUCCAAGACAAGCAGGCAAAAUCCGGUCGCCUUCGCCACUUAUCCAAGAUUGAACCGUUCCUAGCUCGACUUCGCGAAUAUAGCAGUGUCGUUGAGACAUUUGUGCAAGCCAAGCCCGACAUCCUAGCGCUGAUAUGGGGCCCAAUCAAGCUUCUGCUGCUAUGGGCUGACGUUCUUAAACAGUCAUUCGAUGCCCUGGUCAAUGCGCGGGAGGAGAUUGGGAAUGCCCUGCCUGACUUUUGCGAACUGGCCGAGAUGUUUGCCGGCAACAACCGUUUGCAGGCAUUUCCUGUCAUCCAGGUUAACAGUAAACAAGGUCUCAAAGUUAUGUUUGAGAUGCUCUGGCCUCGCCAUAAAGACAGGAUACAGGUCGUGGUAAAACAUAUGGCAAGCCAUCGCGACCUAUUUAGAAGAGAAGUUCGCAUGGAGGAGAUACGCAGAGCAGACGAAAUGCGAAACCGUGAAUUGCAGCAUUUCGUACAGACAGAGGAGAAUAGCAUCGCGCAAGAAUAUGCCAGUCAUCGAGCACACUUGGCACCGAAGAACUACGAUGCCGACCUGUAUCGUUUCAGCGAAUCUGUUUGCAACGGAACCGGGAAAUGGCUCUUCCGUAACGAAUCAUUCCAGAAUUGGCUCGCCGGCAAAGACAAGGCAAAGCCUAUUCUAUGGCUCCGUGGGAUCCCAGGAGCCGGUGAGCCACUAGUUCUGUUACAAUCCAUGCGAUAUACACUAAUCAACUACUCGUAUAGGCAAGACGCUGCUUGCAAGUAG